AUGGCGAACAAUGGCACGGUGAACAACGGCUUCGGCCACCGCUCUCUCCACCAAUGGGAGGGGAGGCUCCUUCACGCGGCGGGCUACCCCGCGCCGCCCGACUUGCGCGCGCCCGGAGGCUGGAGACUGAGCGCGGGCGGUGUCCCGAUCCCACCGCGGCCGAUCGGUCACGCCGCCCUGGAGGCAGAGAUCGACGCGGUGCUCGUCACUCUCAGUGACGGGCAGCGCGCGGAGGAGCGCUUCUUCCCGGAUAACUACGACGUGUGGACGGAGUUCUUCCGGCGAAGUUAUUUGUUAAACCUUUUCAUCCAUCCUCACCUCGCCGCUGGAAAAAUGGGUCGCACCACCCCAAAUCCGCCACCAAUCUCCAGCGCGCUCUGCGUCUCCUCCGACGUCAUUAACCCCGGAAGCUCUACCUCCUCGCCGCCGCCGGCCGCUCCCUCCCUCCCGCCCGCCCGCCUCCCCGCGCGCGGUCAAAUGGCCCCCGCCGCCGCCAUGCUGAGACGGGCCCACUUCUCCAGCUUCCACCCGUCCACCGGCCGGCGGCCCCGGGGGAGCGCGGAUCGCGUCGCGCUGGCUCUCCCGGCGCGCUCGCCGCCGCGCGUUUCAUGGCAGCAGGGAUCCGGGGUGGCUACCAGGGGACGUGUCUGGGCGAACGUGAGCAGUCCGUUCCAGCCAGAUGGCGCUGGGGAGGAUGACGCCGUGUCACCUUCUCCUCAGGCUGUGGAGGAGAGCACAGCUGAUUUUCUCAAGGUUCUCAAGAGAGCCAACUCCGUUAUUCCCCAUGUAGUGCUGGGGAGCACCAUCCUUGCCCUGGUCUACCCACCUUCCUUUACAUGGUUCACAACCAGGUACUAUGCACCGGCGUUGGGGUUCUUGAUGUUUGCUGUGGGUGUAAAUUCAAGUGUUGAGGACUUCAUUGAAGCGAUUAAAAGGCCAGAUGCUAUCGCUGCUGGCUAUAUUGGACAGUUUAUUGCCAAGCCUUUAUUUGGAUUCCUCUUUGGCACUCUUGCGGUUGCAACUUUCAAUCUGCCUACUGCUGUAGGUGCUGGUGUCAUGUUGGUUUCAUGUGUGAGUGGAGCACAGCUGUCCAACUAUGCAACGUUCCUGACAGACCCACAUAUGGCUCCCCUCAGCAUCGUUAUGACAUCGUUGUCUACAGCUACUGCGGUUUUUGUUACCCCAACUUUAUCCUACUUGCUCAUCGGCAAGAAAUUACCCGUGGACGUCAUAGGAAUGAUGUCCAGCAUUGUGCAGAUAGUGGUUGCUCCAAUUGCAGCUGGAUUACUUCUGAAUAGAUUUCUUCCGAGACUCUGUUCGGCUAUUCAGCCAUUUCUCCCUCCACUAUCGGUGUUUGUGACUGCUUUAUGUGUUGGCUCACCAUUGGCUAUAAAUAUUAAGGCUGUUUUGUCACCAUAUGGACUAUCCAUUGUGCUUCUCCUUUUGGCGUUCCAUACAACAUCUUUUGUAGCUGGAUAUCAUCUUGCUGGUACUUGGUUCCGUAAGUCAGAUGAUGUGAAGGCCCUACAAAGAACGAUUUCUUUUGAGACAGGGAUGCAAAGUAGCCUUCUUGCUCUUGCUUUAGCAAACAGGUUCUUCCCAGACCCUCUAGUGGGAGUGCCUCCAGCAGUAUCAGUUGUGCUGAUGUCCCUUAUGGGGUUUGGUCUUGUCAUGGUAUGGGUGACGGCGAUGGCGCUGGUCUGGGAUUACGGGGAGCGGACGGGGUUGAAGGGAUGGAAAGGCCUCUCCUGGGGGAUGGUUCCACUUCUCGGUGGAGCGAUGUGCGCGUGCACGUGGCAUUUCUUCUACAAUUCAGAGUCUCUUGAGGUACUUGUAGCGAUUCAAGGAGCUCUAACAGUGAUUGGUAACAUAACGAUGUGCAUAGCUGCCUACCGUAUCUUCAAAGGAUCCCAAGAAGGCACUAACAGUAACAGUCCAUAACCUGUAUAUAUGCAUACUCUUUCUCAACUUGUUGUGACAGCGUUGCAAAUGAGUUGCCUAUAUUUGAAACA